AGUGUGAGCGGCGGUGGAUUAGAAGAAUUUUGAAUGUCGAGAUGAUUGGGAGCAGAUAUUGGAAUUCAGCAUUUAGAAACUUACAAUUUCAUGACGUCUCAGUAUAUUUUUAUGUUGCAUCACUUAUAUCUCUCAACAUAAGUCUAAACAAGGGUCAAAUAUGAUUUGUCACUACAAACAUGACAUGGAACGACAAUUAUCAUGUCAUACAUGUAUAUGCAGCAUCUGUCGAUACAAGGUACCAGGAUGUUCCGGCGUGUCCAUACCGCCUACCAGGUGUUAGCUACGACCUUCUCCUGCCGGGAUGCACCGUGAAAAAUCGCUUUAUUCAUGGAGUGGGUAAUCCCGAGCUUUAUGCGAUGGCUCCAAAAUCUCUUUUUUUCUAUCACGAAUGUACUUCAGCAGUGAAUUGACAUCUUUAGGAAAACGCACGAGCAUCACAGAUGGAACUAUAACUCAUCCGGGUUCGACGCACCCUCACCUUAUAAUUUCUGGGCUGCUAAUUAUCGAAACGUAAUGGAUGAGGCCCGAAAUCACCCGGAAGACGUUUGCUUCACGGAGCCAAAUGUCGCCGAAGCGGUUAACCCGGGACGCAACCCUUUGCGCAAUGUUGCGGCCGCACGUGACCCGCACGUGCGACCAAUUUCUUUUCUAUUACGACGGAUUAUCUGUGAUUCCUGUCGAUGCGCUCUUCGCAGUUUGUAACGGCUCGUAAAACACAAGGAUUGAAGUAAAGGUGAAGUAGCAGUUCCUCUCAUAGAAGAAGUCAUUUUCGAGAAAACGUACCCUCCGAUUGGUCACUGGUCGCAAUUCUCCCGGCAGUGUUCCAGACCGGUAUCUAGGAACGAGAACGACGACGGUUCCUUAUCAGAUCGAUGAAGAGGCGGCACCGCUACCCCAGCAACCAAGGGGUAGGCAGGCUCUGCCAGCCGAGCGCUCGACGAAUGGGGUCGUAGCUGGGCUUUCAACCCCGGCAUGGCUUCCGCCUUGCCGCUCGCCGCUUUUCGAUUUUAGUACUGUGAGAAACCACCUGAACGAUCGGAACACGGUAGGUGGUCGGUCGGCAGGAGGCUGCGAAAAGUCUCGGCUUGUGUUAUAGCGAAAUCGGUAAAUCUCGGAAACAUUCUGAAGAACAUCGAAGAAGCUUUUAAACUCGCGCGGUGGUAUUUUCUGGGAGAAUCGCGACGGUUGUGACGGUUUAGAUGAUUUUUGAAUGAUUGUACGUUUGCGAAAAGAUAUUUAAGAAAUUUGUUAUUUAAGUUCUCCGCGUAAGUGUGAGCAAUCAAGAAAAUCCUGAAGAAUAUCUUCAAGAAGAGCACUCAAGAAUCGCGCAAAUUUUCGUAGCGAAUUUUUGGAUAGUUGCAAACGAUAAUUUACGCAAUCGCUGUAAUAAAAGAAUUUCAAAAAAGACAAUUAAAGUGCCAGCGUGAUUGUAAUUUGGAAACUGAAGAAUGACUAAAGAAAAUAGAAGAUUGAGCAUACCUGCACGAUAAGAAAAAUGACAAAAUGCAAUUAUCAUAUUUAAAACCCGCGUCUUCGAUUAAAAAUUAAGUGAAAGUAAGAUAUAAUUUUCAAGAAACGUGUCGAAACAAUGGAGAAAACAACGUUUGCUAUAAAUAUAAUAAAAUAAAUAAUUAUAGAAGUAAGAAAGGGACGCCAAAUAAUCCCGCACUUGCUAAAACAAUAUAAUCGAUAUAAUUGCAAAAAGGAAAAAUAAAGAUCUGUAAAGUACAGAAGAAUCUUACAGAUACGCAAGGAAAAACAUAAAUAUAAAAAAUGUAAUAAAUAUUAUUCUCGCAGAAAUAUUUAUUGAAGCGCACGAAGAUGUUUUGCAAGCAUUGGAAUGACAACUGGAUCUCUUCGUCUCGACGUCACAAGUGACAUCGCUGAAAACGAGCCAAGGCAUCCCGAAACGUGAAUAACUUAACAAGUUGUCCCAGCAAAUCUCGACACGUGCCCGGAGGUUCGCCAAGACACGUGUCGGUGUUUAGAAAUAUUAUCCUGCACGCGUCUAGCUGGCACGUGUCGAUCGUAUCUCUCGAUUCUCCAGACGUGAUCGAGUGCGCAUAAGUGCGAUCUGAGAUUCUGACGGUGUAAUUUUGCAGCUGAGAAUUUAGUUAUCGCAAUUGUUUGAUAAUUAUUAUCCAAAGUUAUAAUACGGAGAAAUAAAUGGCGUAAAUUAAAGCAGUCGCAUCGUUCUACAUCUAGUCAAACAGUCUAGUCAUAUCGUCGUUAAUUAGCAACUGAAGGUCGAUCUGGAGUCGACGAGCGAUGCUGAAUUAACGCGAAGGAAGAUCAUAUCGCAAUCAACGCAGCCGUGUGAAGCCAAGAUUGUUAACAUAAGCUGAUAUAUAAAGUCUCGGUGAUUAUUGGCGAACAGCGCUAUGUAUUCGAUGGACAAUCUCGAGCGGGACAUGAUGAAUCGACAGUACAUAUACGAGGCGCACAGCUUCCUGGGGAACCCGGCGAUCCCGGCGUUACCACCGCACUGCGGUGUGCCAACGACGGCAACGCUGCCGGCGGUGAUCCCGUCGCAGCUGCCGUCGUCGCAUCAUCCGUCCGGUAGCACCGGUAGCACCAGCGGCAGCGAGCACUAUCUGUACGACGAGAAUAGCAGCGACAACGAGAGUGUCUACAGCAGCGAUCAAGAGAAUCAUGCGAGAGAACGAAGCCGAAGUAAUCGACGCAGCGGUGGGUCGGGGAAAUGCCCGAGACAAGUGCAGAAGGUCAUAGUCCGUGGAAGCGGUGGGAAUCCAUUCAUCUCGCACUCGCUCUCGUGGUCGAGAAAAUCGGAUAUCUCGCCGAACGGUACGAUGUAUGCGAAAGUUUGGACGCCGGAAGAUCCGCGAACGUCCAAAAGUGGGACGACGUUCGAAUAGACAAUUUUGGUGGCCAAACUAAUUUUACUUACAAAUAAAAGAAAAAUGAACACGUUGUUUGGUCACAAGGACAUGCCUCAUCUCGCGUGUUAUUUAGUGUCUAAGGAAAAGCGUUUCUAGUCACUGGACCUAGUCAUGCGAUUUAUAUCUUUCAAUCAUCGAAAUAUCUCCGAUUUUUGGACAAUAGAGUUAACCAAUUUUGUAAUAACGGAUUCAACUUUCAUUACUUUUUUGCAUAAUACAGUUAUGCAUCUGCAUAUCUAUGGGACAUUUUUACGAACGUUCUGCGGAACGUGCUUUGUAAAUAGGAAUUACCGAAAUAGAUGAAUUAAUGGAAUAAGCACUAUUUAUAUAUAAUUAUCGCGACGUAGGUGAAAUGAUGUGCAACCAGCAUCAUUAUCGCCACUGUGAAUAACAACGCCAAAUAAAGGUAGUUCUGAAA